GAAUGCUUUGUCAAUAUGCGAAUUUUUUAUACGAAACAAGUGCACACAACAAUUGAAAUGCCCAGGCUAUCACGUGAGCGGACUUCGGGUGAUUUUUCGGCUGAACAGACAACGGAUAAAGGUGCUGACCAACGUUCUCCUGGGCCAAUCAAAGACUCACCAUUGGCGCCUGCAGAAGAAGGCCAAGAUGAUGCUAUCCUGUCUAAAAACACGUGUUAUUUCGGCAACAGUAAUGCGUUUGAUACAACCACUGCAAUAUUCGCACAAAUAAUCCAAUCGCAUUGGGAAAUAGAAGACGAGGAUGAAGAAGACGAAGCUGACGCUAUAGGAAGUGACUUGGAAGACGAUGUCGACGAAAAAGGUGUUUGUCAUACUCACAACGAGAUCGUGAGCAGAUUACAGCGGAUUGGCGACGAUUUCUUUGAAAGGCAAAAGCAAGCCCCUCACGCAGAUACUAAUGUGGUUGAUAGGUCGCAAUAUAUACGUGAUGUAGCCACAAAGAUCAUGUCAUCGAACACAUUCGAGGAUUUUAUCGGAGCGUUGCCUAGCGAAUCUGCCAAAACCAUCGGAUGGGAACAGGUGGCGCUGUACUCGGUCAUCAUUCACUCGUCAAUAAUGAUGGUGGGCGUUGGUACAGAAAUCAAGAAUUCAAUUACCAGCUAUGCUAGUCAGUAUUUCCAGUCGAGGUUCAGUGACUGGAUUAACAGCCAACCACGUCAAUGGUAUUCCAUUUUUGACGAGCCGAGAAGCGUCCCCAUCGCUCAGGCCGACUGUGAUUGACAUAACGGCGACUUGUAUAUAAUUAUAAAUUUAAUAAUUUAAGAGUUAUGAGCUAUUGUUAUGUGUUAAGAAACAUGAGUAUGUUUCUAAUAUCCGAAAAAAACACCAAAAUAAUUUCCAUUGAACUGAAAGCAAACGAUAGUUUUACCAUGAAAUCAAUUUUAAAAUAGUCUUCACUUCUUUGACAUUGGUAUGUACACGGUGCCUAUACCACGUGACUUUUUCAGAUCUGUGUUGGGAAAAUAAAGCGCGACCCAGUUAACAUUUUUAAGGAUCUCUUUUUAAAUAGUUCACCAUUUUUAAUGGGAUAAAGUGGAGAGCCCGCUCAUUCGUAAGAGUUUUCUAUAGGUAUCAUGAUCUUUUUAAACAAAUAAGUAUUUUUUUCAGUAAGGUCAACCGCGCGUUUGUAAUAUGAAGUCCCCACACUGAUCCGACAUUUUUCUAACCGUUCAAACGCGCGGUUGCACUUUACUGAAAAAAUACUUAUUUGUUUAAAAAGAUCAUGAUACCUAUCGAAAACUCUUACGAAUGAACAGGCUCUCCUUUUUAUCCCAUUAAAGGGACUGUCCAACAGAUUAAAGCGUCGUUCAACGCGAAUCGAUAUUUUGGGAAACUACGAGGAUUGCUUAUAGCUAAAAAAUACCUCCGCAUGUGACGUGAGCGUGGAUGGUCGAGUGGUAAGGUAGGGAGACAUUUUACUCCAAUCUUCCAUGACUCUUGGGGUCAGUGGUUCGAUCCCUGUGGAUGUUAACGUUUUUCUUCUUUUUUAAAAUUGUAUUCUUAUUUUUUACUGGAGAUUUUUAGUUCAAAUGUUUAAAUUUAUCAAUAUAAAGCAUUUAAAGCAGUUAAUGACAAGCUUUAAUACAUGCCAACAUCUGUUGGACGGCCCCUUUAAAAUGGUGAAAUAUUAAAAAAGAGAUCCUUAAAAAUGUUAACUGGGUCGCGCUUUAUUCUCCCAAUACAGAUCCGAAAAAGUCAAGUGGUAUAGGCACCGUGAUGAAUACGCUUAUGGAUAAAAGUUAUGUGUGAUCUGAACACGUGAAUUUAUUAUAGAUAAUUUAUUGUUAUGUUUUUACACGUAAAGACCAGAUAAGUAAUAUAUUUGUGUGAUGAUUGGCAUUUGCAUGUGAGCAUUUCUGUGUGUCGACCAAAGCGAUCAAGGGAGAGAACCGAUGUCGAAUAGAUUUUCUUGAAUCUAGAAUUAUUCCCAUUAACGUUUAUUGUUAGUUAGCAUUCCUUAAAGUGAUAUUAUGGGCAUCUAACAGUAUAUAGGUGUCUAUCGCAGCCGUUGUUUAUUUUUUUGGUGUUUUCACUUCAUAUACACUUAUAUUUGUUAAUGCAGCAUCGACAUACUAAAACAAUAUCCCGGAAAGAGAAAAAUAAUCCAUUUGACUAUCAACAGUACUUUCGUUUUGACAACUGACGACAGAAAUUAUUCUAUGAACGAUGAGAGCCUAAAUGUAGUUUUCAUGCAGAUUCGUUCAUACGACACAAAGACACAAUUUUGUUUAACGGAUCAUUUCGGCUUAGAGGACUGGGUGAGUCCUGUAAAAUAUCGAAAAUAAUAUAUAUUUUUUUUUAAACAACUGGUAGCAAGAUCAGUUGUAGAUAAUUGAUCAGUAGCCACUUUUUAACUAAAUCUUUUGACCUGUUAAUUCGGUUCAGCUCAAUUUAACAGUGAACAAUGCCCAUUAUAUCACUUUAAACAGCAAACUAUUUUGUUUGCGAUGUAGACACAUGGUGUUGAUCAAUCUUAAAGUGGCCUUUUCACAGAUUUUGGCAUAUUUUGAAGUUUGUCAUUAAAUGCUUUAUAUUGAUAAAUGUAAACAUUGGAUCUUAAAAGCUCUAGUAAAAAAUCAAAAAUAAAAUAAAAAAAGGAACAAAAAGUAGCCGGUACCAGGGCUCGAACCAGUGACCCUCGGAGUCCUGGAGUUAGUCUGAAGUAAAAACGCACUUGCCCUCUCGACUAUUCCGCCGGGUAUACAGUUUAAAUAUUUUAUACCUUAUAUAAGCAAUCUUCGUAGUUUCGUAAAUUUAAACGACAACAACAGAACUCUCCAAAUUAUUCAAUCGUUUCGCGUUGCAACGCUUUAUAAUUUUUAGCUUUUUAAAUCGUUCAAAGAUACAUAUAAUGGCUAUAUUGGACUAUGGUAAAUGUUCAGUAAUACUGUUUCCUCACAAAUAUCAUAACUAAAACGAAAAUUUCCGAAUCUGAAACAACUUUUUUCAAUUUUGUCAAUUUACCAAACCGUGAAAAGAUCCCUUUAAAUUUGAUAAGUAAGUAAGGUCAAUUUAGCCAUUUCUUAAAAACAUAAGUGUUGAUAAUCUGAAUAUUAAAAAAUGUGAUGCUAUGUUUGUAUAUAUAUAUUUUUUAAAUCAAAUACGAGAUGAAGUUGAUAUUCUAGAUGGUAUAAUUUAAUUUUGCCUCAGAAAGGUGAAAUUAUGUUGCUAUUAUUUAUAUACACCAAUUUAAGUGUUAAAUUGUAAUUUAAUUGAAAUGUUUUCUUUUUUAUUGCUUUUUAAUUUUAUUUGUGAUAUUUUGAGGUGAAUUUUUAAAGUGAGAUUGUACGAUUUUGUCAAAUAUUUAUGAAUUUAUAUAAAAUCUGUAAAACAACUUAUUAUACAUAUAUUUCAAUAUAAUUAAAAUAAAAGUUAAGAAGAA